AUGAAUUGGUCUGAAAAAUUUAAAGACUUUGAAGUUUUAUCUAGUUGGACUAAACUUCUGAUCAUUAAACUACAAAGAAAAUCAAACUCUUAUCGAGUUGUUGAAAUUGAUACAACUUUAUUUCUUGAAGUUAUAAUACAAAAACCAGAAAUUAAAUUUCUUACUGAUCUUGACAAUAUUAAUUUAUUAAAAUUUUAUUAUAAGCUUCUUGUGUA